AAUCAUWCUGAUCAGUCAUUCGAACAAGUAUAGAGUGCAUUAGAAGCAUAAAGACAUCUAGUACUGCUUUUCCUCGAAAGGCCGAAAUAGAUAACGCGAUGUCACUGUCGUUCAUACUGAUUACCGCAAGUCUUAUAUCCGUGGGAUGCAUUAUCGAAUGCAGUGGAAGCUAUGCAGGUGCGGCAGAGGAGAUCAACACAAAGUCAUAUGAAGGUGGAAGUGGCCCUGGAGAAGACAGUACUGAAGCUCCUWCUCCAGCURCACCAASUGGAUAUGGAAGUGAGGCAGAAGGAGGCGGUGAUGAAGUUCAUCUUCCAGYUGAACCAAGUGGAUAUGGAGGUGGRACAGAAGGRGGCGCWGAAGCUUCCACUACAGCUGCACCAAGUGGACAUAAAGGUGGGCCAGGAGAAGGAAGUACUGAAGCUCCUACUCCAGCUGMACCAACUGGAUAUGGAARUGAGRCAGAAGGAGGCGGUGAUGAAGUUCAUMUUCCAAUUGAACCAAGUGGAYAUGGAGGUGGGACAGAAGGAGGMGGUGCUGAAGCUYCCACUACRGCUGUACCAAGUGGAUACAAAGCACGCCGUAGAUGCUAUCCCAAAGCACAGCGAUAUGACAAAUCUAGAAGACUAUGCAAAUGUUCGUCCGAUGGUAGUAAAUGGGAUUGCUUUCGACAGAGGAAAGAAUUCACUACAAUGACGAAAAAAGAAAAGAAACGAUACAUUCAAGUAUACAGAGAAAUAUCAAGACCAAGCAACGAAUACCACAAAGAGUUCAGUGAMCUGAUCGCAAUCCACAAAGCAUUAUUCAUGACCUCAAUUCAUGAYCGAAACAAUUUYCUGGCAUGGCACCGAUGGUAUCUUCUUCAGAUUGAAAAYCUACUYCGAAAAAUAGAUUGUCGCGUCACUCUKCCAUACUGGGAUUGGAGCGUGSKYUCAGGWGAUCCUUGGAUUGAAGAACUUUGGAAUAAUGGAACUUACACUGGGUUUGGUGGAAACGGCGCUAAAGAGCUCGGGUAUUGUGUACCAAGCGGCCCAUUCUCCAAAAGUUUAGACUGGCAACCUGCUUCAUCAAAUCAACGGGGGUGUGUUCAAAGAUAUUUUCGUGGAAACCCACCAGACAUUGUCGCUGUAGAAGAACUGCUUAAGACUCCAGCUGACAACGUUACUGACUUUGAGUUGGAGCUCCGUAUUAUAUUCCACAAUAAAGUACAUUGUGUCAUUGGUGGUACAAUGUGUUCUCUUGACUCAGCAUCAGCACCAGAGUUUUUCUUGCACCACGCCUUUAUUGACAAGCUUUGGGAUGAUUGGCAACAAAAGAGUGAAGAUCAUAGAAAUGCAUUCUUUUAUGAAUUAACUGAAGUACUUCCAGGUACUGGUGGCCUGUUACCCAGAGAUUUGCUUGACAACGCGAACUUACCAGGRGGUGUAAAAGUAGAAUAUUUGGAUAUAAACGAUACAGAGACGCAAACUGUGCGGAAACGUUUGAGAAAACUAAGUAGUGAAGAGCUUAUGGAAAUUUCAAGAACUGACUUCGAGGAUAAGGAUGAAGGCGUUGAUGAAAUUUCAAUGGAAGUAUUUAAGGUGAARCCCUAUGAAAAAAAGAGAGCGAAAAAAAGAAUAGAAAGAUUGAGACCCAAGAACAAAAAGGGAAGCACAAUGAUGAAAAACCGCCGUGAUAAACAGCGAGGAUUUGAUAUAAAGGAUUUGGAAAAGGUCGAAAAGCUGCACCGCAAAAACAAGAGACCGAAAAAAACGUCCCACAAAUCAUGCUGGAAAAACAUAAAAGGGCCAGGAAGUAAAAAGCGUCCCAACAGGAAAAACAAAAAAGGGUCAGGAAGAAGAAAGCGUCCCAAAACUAAACCCAAGACAAGACUUCCAUAUCCGACCCCAUUCAAUGACAAAAGUACUAAAACUCCUACUAUCACCGCAUCAAGUGCCUAUGGAGGCAUCACUGAAGCUCCUUCUACAGCUGCGCCAAGUGAAUAUGGAAGUGGAACAGGAGAAGGGAGUACUGCACCUCCUACUACAAAUGCUCCAAGCACCGAAGCUCCUACUAUUGGGUCCUAUUAUGGUCGUUGAUAAUGACAAGAAAAUACUCGCUGAUUUCUUGAUAAAACUUAUUUUAAGUAAUAUGGAUUCUUGUGGUUUGAUUAGGUUGGCUGGCGACAUAAUCUUUYUAAGGCUCAAAACAAAAUCAGCAAAAAACAAUAACAAUAAUAGUAAUGAAACAUUUGAGGGUAAUUCAGUAAAUAAAAGGAAGUUAUAUAUCCU